ACGGUCCUCAGCUGGUUCAGGUCAUAUCAAGAAGGGAGUGGUUACUAUGUGAUCAUAAGCAACUAAGUAUCUGAGUGGACAAUCAAUGGCGUGUGGAGUCCCACAAGGCUCGAUUCUUGCACUGCUCCUGUUCAACCUGUAUAUAUUCCCAAGAGGCCAAAUUAUGAAAAAGAACCAAAUUGCGUGCCAUAGCUAUGCAGACAACACCCAGACUAUCGCCAAAUGACUAUAGCCCCAUAAACUCUAUGGCUAGAGCACGUUGCUCAAGCUUUGGUGAUUUAAAGUUAAGGGCAAACCUCGGUUUAUGCCACAUUUGCUCACUGACAUUUGUUUGACAAGUGCAUGAGAACAUUUGCUCUGAGCAUUUAAACAUCAGAUAAUCUUAAUCUAUGAGUAUUCAGUGCAGUGUGUUAAAUUAAACACAUUAAACGUAUUUUUACACAUGCAAAAUGCGUUUUUACAAUACUUUCAAACAUCUGAUAAAUGUAAUAAAAUUUACUUUUUGAACAGGUAAUGCUGUGCUCAUGGGUGUGUUUUGGCAAAAAACUAUCCACACAAAGACCUGCCAGACACGUUUUACUUUACGUAAGACAUAUGAUACAGAGCCACAACUUUGCAGCAUUGAUGAAAGAUGAAAGUUAAAGGAUAAAUCUCCGUCCACUCAACUCACAACACAUACUGUAUAAACGUUGGGAAUCUUGCUGUCUGUCAUAUAUUGCACCUGGUUUCUUCAAAUCACAACAAGUGAUUUCAGACAGUUGAUAAAAUGCCUGCCAUCCUCUCUGGUACAUGGGAUAUGGUCAGCAAUGUCAACUUUGAGGGAUACAUGAUUGCUUUAGGGAUCGGCCUGUAUACCCGUAAAAUUGCCCUUAAGCUGAAACAUCGUAAAGUGAUCGAGCAGGUGGGAGAUUGCUUUGUGAUCAAGACACUCAGCACUUUCAGAAACUACACUCUUUCCUUCAGAGUGAAUGAGGUGUUUCAAGAAUUUACAAAGGGACUGGAUGACAGACACUGCAAGUCCCUGAUGAAUUGGGAGGGAAACAGGAUGGUGUGCGUUCAAAAGGGCGAGAAAAAGAACAGAGGCUGGGCGCACUGGAUUGAGGAUGAUAAACUUCAUUUGGAGUUGUACUGUGAAGAUCAAGUCUGCAAGCAAGUUUUCAAACAGGUUGUCUGAGGCCCUGUGGUGGCAUUUAAGACUUAAGAGAUGAUGCACUGAUGUAAACAAAGUAGUUUACACUUCAAAAUCCGAGGAACAUGGGGCAAAAGGGAGGAUCAAGAGUUCCAGCCUAUGUCCCAAAACCUAGGCAGAGAGGCUUGCAGACUGAGCUAGUGUUGUUGAACAAAUGAAAGUCUAGGACAUGAAUUAUGUUGCAACUAGAGGGCGACAUAAGACCAUUUACAAACAAACACUGUUCAGACUGGUCAACAGUUUGUUGGAAAACAUUGUAAUUUGUUAAUAGUUUCCGAGAGAGGAGCCACUUUCACAAAGAUGAAGCUAUGUGCCAAGUAUAACUUAAUGGCCCUGAUUUUAUGUAAUUAAAUCCAGAAUCAUCAUUUCACCAGAAUAUGAUGCAUUAAGAUCAAGUCACCUUUUUAAAUAAAUUUAAUUUAGAUCAUUUUUAAGGCUGUUUUUAAGCUUUAUUUUUAAAUUCAUUUCUGCAUGUUUAGUCACAUCUAAACAUGGUUUGUAAAUGUAGUCAUCAGUCAAGUGAAAGUCCUGUAUUGCACAAUUAAUUUUUUUUAAAAAACACAUGUACAUAUUUGUCAGUGCCUAGUUUGUAACAUCUUUAU